AUGGCAGCUGGCCUUGGGGCCAAGGAGCUCUUCAGCUACAACCGCGAGAACUUCAAGUUCGACCAAGAUCAGAGGAUCGAGCGAGAGGCUCUCCGCUUGGAGAUGCAGGUGAAGCGCUUCGAGCUCUUUCGGGAGGACGUGAGGGACUUGGUGGAGCUCACGGUCGACCGCAUGGACGUCUACCAUUUGGUUGGUGCCCUUUUCUUGGAGUUCUGCAUCGUUCUCUUCUGCGAGGGUCGAGUGCAGGCGUCGGCUCCUCCCUUCUUGCUCUCGCUCUUCCUCCUCUCCAACGCCUGUGCCUUCAUCUACCUGCUCCUGGCGGUCUGGCUUUCCAUGCAUGCCUCGAUCGCAUCGCACAGCUUCGGGGUCCGCCUGCUCACGCGCUUCGUGCGCUUGCCGAUCCCCAGCAUGAAGCAGAUCGCCGGCCUCAGGAGCAACUUGAAGGACUACGAGCGACAAGGCGUCGCCAAUCUGCUUCGCCUGCCCUUCCAGGAUCAGCAGGAGUGGCAGCAGGUGCACGGUGCAGGUCCUGAGCCUUCCGAGCGGAAGGAGGAGUCUCAGAGGGACCGCGGACCCGUCUCCUUCCAACCGCCGACGAGCUCGAGCUCGGCGAGAGAGCGAUCCGAGGGCCCCGGCCCGGCCUCCGCGAGCUCCGCGAGCGGCUCCGGGGCCGCCGGAGGCGACCGAGCUCCAGCAGCGACCACGCUUGGAAAGCCUGUAGGUGCAGAUGGACUUGGGCAGGCGGGAGCGUCCAGCCUCACCUCAGGCCAGAAUCUCUUGCCGGAGAGGGAAGAGACAGUGGUUGGCGGCGAGGAUCUGCUGUCUUGCUCGAGGGGAGCACAGCCCGAGCGUCACGUGCAGCUCUUUCGACAGCUGCAGUCCAAGUGGCAGUGUUAUGACGCGUACUGCAGGGUCUGCAUGGGUUUGGGUGUGAACCAAAUUCUGCAAGGCUUGAGCUAUUACUGCAUCUGUCACACCUUGGUGGAGAACCACUCUCCCACGACCGGCUAUGCCCUCGUGACCCUUUUCCAGAGCACGACCAUCGCCUUGGCCGUCCUCGAUCUGGCCGGGCUGAGGAGGCGCGAGAUCCUGGCAGUCCAGGUGGUGGGCAUCAUGCCCUGCCUUCUGACAGCCUGGGGCGUUGCACACGGCCACCGUAUCGAGGGAGGUGUGCUGGAUCCUGCGCAGACGUAUAUGCUUUCGCCGCUGAGCUUCCUUUGCCAGGUGCUUUGGCUGGAGCUGUGGUUGCGUGUCGCAGCUCCUCAUGGCGAUGAUCAAGCAAAGUUGCCACGGCGAUUUCGGCAGGUGCUCUUCCUGGACGUCUUUGGCGACUCCUCCGGCUGGGACCCGCACGACCGCGACAACAACUGCGAAGACGAUAUGAUCGAGGGUGAGAUGUUCAAGCAAUUGGGCGUCAAGGAAGAGAAGGAUGCAGACGAAGAGGCCGAAGAGGCCUUGCUCGCGGCAGCCCAAAGGGCUGCUUCACAGCUGACCAUGGCCCAGUGCGCGGGCAGACGGUGGAAUGCAGCGCCUUCCUGGGCAUUGUCGAAGCAGCAGUCGAAGGAGCUGGAAGAUGUCCGGGACCAGCUCAAGAACUGGGGCAGCACCAUCUAUACAGAGCUAGAGCGGUGCUGUCGCUUGAGGGGGAUUCCGGAGGCACUCCGGAACCUUGAGCGGGAUCUUCGCCCUUGGUCCGAUCUCUCAUCGGAAGAGCAAACUGCAGACCCUUUUGCCGGCUGUCUGGUGGGCCCCUUCGAGCACGAUGAUGGCUACAAGACGUCCUGCUAUCACUUUGAGAUCGAGUCUCAGCGGACGCUUUUCGAAGACGCUGCCCGGCAAUGUCCCGGUGCACUUGUCCUGUCGCUUCAAGCCGUCCAAGCCAUCAUGAAGGAUCUGGAGGAUGCAGCUCGCAGCUUGUUGGAGCUGCGGAUCAUGUCCGACCUGAGAAUCACGAUGCAGCGUCGCCGGCUGCAAAGUGAACUCAAGGCCAAGAAAUCCAAGCGCCAGAGCCGCAUGGCGAUGCACGCGGCGCAGGCCUCCGGCGAAGCGACACGGGGGCAGUUCCCGAACCUGGUCGCUUUGUUCAAGACGAGGCUCUACCAGCGCCGGGAAGAGCGAGAGGCUCGCCUCGAGCUGCUCGCGGAGGAGCCGGACCACCGCGACCACCGCGACCGCGAGUCCUCGCCGGAGGGCUCCGAGGGGUUUGCGCCCAGCCAAUCGCGAGGCUUCGCCGAGCGGGACGGCCGCGACGGCCGCGAUGCAGGCGCCCGAGCGGACCCGACGCUGGUGGCCAUGGCGGGCGCCAAUGCCCAGCAUUUCGUGCCCGAGAAGCUCCCUUGGCAGGUGCUUCGGAACAUCACGCGCGUGCUGCAGGUCUGCUGGUUCUGGUCGGGUAUCAUGGCCUUUCUCAAGGAGGUCCACGUCUACCAGGUGGACUUCCAGCAGCACCCGGCCCACGAGCGGAGGUUAUGUGAGGCCCAAGUUUGGCCCUUCGAUCAGAUGGCCAUUGAUUGGCCUCACGGGAGCUUCUUCCGGCCACAGGGACUUCUCUGCCCUUCCGACCAAGCUUUCCUUGUCGCGAGCCCUUUUGCCGUGUAUGCCGCUUCCGCCAAAGCCGCCGGAGCCGGUGAAGCAGCGGCCGACGGGUCCUUGUCCGUGCGCCUGGACGAGGUCUGGCGUGGCCGUCUGCCUGCCGUCGGUUCGGCCUGUGCCGGCUCCUUUGCCCAAUGCCUCCUCUUCGCACCAGCAGAGGGCCGAAUCGAGGUUUGGCGUCCAGGCCAUCCUCGAAGUGCUUUGGCCUUGGAAGAUCAAGCGCCGUGGUUGCGAGUGGCGGGCAGCAUCACGACCUGCAAGCAGGUGGCGACUCUCUUGCCCGAGGAGGCCUCGGCGGACUCCUGUUUGCUCCUCGCAGGAUGGGACGGCCGCUUGAUCCCUGUGGCGGCCAUUCCGCUCGCCGGGCAUAUCGAGGAGGAGGGCGGCCUCCAUCUCGAGCCCACGAAGCUACAGCCAGGCUUGGAUGCCCCGCUCCAAGACCCCUCCAAGGCGGUGGCAGCGUUGCACAUGGAGCGGGGCGGGCGGCUCUGGGCGCUGCUGGCCAGCGGAGAUGUGGAGGCCUGGGAUUUGCUUUCUUCCCGGAGCCUCGGCCGCUGGAGGGCGCGCUUCGAUGCGAGUUUCCAGCCGAUUGCCAUGUGCCAGGACUCCACCUACGGAUUUCUGGUGCUCGGUCACAACGUUAGUGGAGGGGGCGCCAUCAUUUCAAGAGCGCAGCGACCAGCAGAUGCAGAAUCCGCGCGCCUUGUACUCUAG